ACCUGGAAAUAGCCAUGUAAAGGGACGGAACUCUUGAUUUAUUGAAGAGCUUGGCUUAAAGGUAAAUAAAAACAUGUUGUGACGAAAAGCGGAAGUGAUAUCGGUUGCUUGAAACUGAAUGAAUUAUUCUCGAAUUACAGAUCUGUACAGAUGGCCAACUAUGUGCUUUUGUAGAUCUUUGGAAUAUUUUCACUAGUUAGCAUAUGGAGCAAGCAAGACAAAGCGAAGUACAUACUGCAGAAAUGAUUUUUUACCACGGCAACACUCCUUGUAAUGCUAUUAACGGUAGAUAUGUUAUGACAGGUAGAAGGAACAUAUAAUCAGUAUCUGGACGAUUACUAAAGAACACUUUGGCCAAAGGUCAUGAAAGAUGCUAGAGGGAUUCAUCAUGACCAGCAGAUGACCACUAUUGAUUUUGAGGUAGAAUGGAGCAUGGAGAAGAGAAACCCUUUAGACGUUAUAUGUGUGAUUUUGUAUGUGAUAAAAUGAUCAUGAUGAUAGUUUGAAGAGAAAUAUGAUGAUUCAUACUUACAAAACACUCUUAAAAUGUAAUGAUUUUGGUAAUUCAUGCAAUGAAAGCGGUAAUCUGAAGACACACUGACGAGAAACACUUUAAAUGUGAUAUUUGUGAUUUAGCGUGUAAGCGAGGAUGUGAUCUAAAAAGACAUAUGAGAAUACAUACCGGAGAGGAACGUUUUAAAUGUAAUACUUGUGAAUUGCAUGCAGUCAAAGCAGCAAUCUGAAGAGACAUAUGGAGAUACAUACUGGGGAGAAACCUUUAAACUAUAAUAAUUGUGAUUAUGCAUGCAAUAACAGCAGUCUUCUGAAGACACAUAUGAGAAUACAUACUGGAGAGAAACCUUUUAAAUGUAAUAUAUGUGAUUAUGCAUGUAGUAACGGCAGUCGUCUGAAAACACAUAUGAGAAUACAUACUGGAGAGAAACCUUUUACAUGUAGGGUUUGUGAUUAUGCAUGCUAUCAAAGCAGCCAUUUGAAGAGACAUAUGAUGAUACAUACUGGAGAGAAACCUUUUAAAUGUAAUGUUUGUGAUUAUGCAGUCAGUGCAAACGGUGAUCUGAAGAAACAUAUGAGGAGACAUACUGGAGAGAAACAUUUUAAAUGUAAUAAAUGUAAUUAUGCAUGCAGUGAAAGCAGUAAUCUGAAGAAACAUAUGAGAGGACAUACUGAAGAGAAACUUUUUAAAUGUAAUACUUGUGAUUAUGCAUGCAAUCAAAGUAGCCAUGUGAACAGACACAUGAAGAUACAUACUGGAGAAAAACCUUUAAAAUAUAGUAAUGGUGAUUAUGCAUGCAAUAACAGCAGUUUUCUGAAGACACAUAUGAGAAUACACAUUGGAGAGAAACCUUUUAAAUGUAAUAUAUGCGAUUAUGCAUGCAGUAACAGCUGUCAUCUGAAAACACAUAUGAGAAUACAUACUGGAGAGAAACCUUUUACAUGUAGGGUUUGUAAUUAUGCAUGUAAUGAAAACAGCAAUUUGAAAAGACAUAUGAUGAUACAUACUGGAGAGAAACCUUUUAUAUGUAAUGUUUGUGACUAUGCAUUCUGUACAAGCGGUGAACUGAAGAGACAUAUGAAGAGACAUACUGGAGAGAAACAUUUUAAAUGUAAUGUUUGUGACUAUGCAUGCAGUGAAAGCGGCGAUCUGAAGAAACAUAUGAGAAUACAUACUGGAGAGAAACUUUUUAAAUGUAAUGUUUGCGAUUAUGCAUGCAAUCAAAGCAGCCAUCUGAAGAGACAUAUGAGAAUACAUACUGGAGAGAAACCUUUUAAAUGUAAUAAUUGUGAUUAUGCAUGCAGUGAAAGCGGUGAUCUGAAAACACAUAUGAGAAUACAUACUGGAGAGAAGCCUUUCAAAUGUAGUAAUUGUAAUUAUGCAUGCUGUACAAGAGGUGAUCUGAAGAAACAUAUAAGAAUACAUACUGGAGAGAAGCCUUUCAAAUGUAAUAAUUGUAAUUAUGCAUGCUGUAGAAGAGGUGAUCUGGAGAAACAUAUAAGAAAACAUACUGGAGAGAAGCCUUUUAAAUGUAAUAUUUGUAAUUAUGCAUGCAAUAACAGCAGUUGUCUGAAGAAACAUAUGAGAAUACAUACUGGAGAGAAACCUUUUAAAUGUAAUGUUUGUAAUUAUGCAUGCUGUAGAAGCAGUGUUCUGAAGAGACAUUUCAGGAGACAUACUGGAGAAAAACCUUUUAAAUGUAAUGUUUGUAAUUAUGCAUGCAUUGAAAGAAGCAAUUUGAAGAGACAUAUGAGGAUACACAAUGAAUAAAAACUUUUUAAAUGUAAUAUUUGAGAUUAUGCGUGCAAUAAACGCUGUGAUCUAAAGACGCAUAUGAAACCAUAUACUGGACUGGAGAGAAACGUUUUGAAUGUAACAUUUGUGAUUAUGCAUGUUUUGAUAGCGGUUAUUUUAGGGAAAAAGAUAUGAGAAUGCAUACUGGAGAAACACACUCGUAAUGUAAUAUCGUAAUUAAGAAUACGACUAAAGCAAUUCUCUAAAAUUAUAUGAUAAUGCUGCUGCAGGGAAUCCCUCUUGUUGCCAUGUUUGUGUCGUAAACCCCAGUCCCUGGGUUAAAUUGUUCGACGAGGACCUAAAAUGUGGUUGUUGGCAAUGUUCUUAUUGCUCGAGUUUUGGGGGUAAAUGUUCAGGAUGACCGACACCACUGGCUUAAUUAAUUUAAGGAAAAGCCAGAUUCCUUAUAAAGCCACUUUCUGGGCUAUUUUAAAGUUAAUAUAAUGCCAAGUGCUGUAAUAAUAAGUUUAAUUAUUAUAACACCACUUAUAUUAUAAAUUGGAGAAAAUCAACACAUGCAGAAUUAAAUGAAAACACAAGAGUAAGUCCAAUUUUAUAAAUCUAUUAGAUCUAAAGUCCUCUCAUAACCACACAUUCACAUUUACAAAGAUCUAAAUUAUGUCUACAAUUAAACUUCUGCUUUUAAUAUAUACACCAGUUAUGCAAUUUAGUUAAAAUUAUCAGAAAAGUCCAGAUAAAAUUAAUGCAUGUAAAUUCCAGUAAUUUUCUUAAGCAAAUAAAUUAAACUCCAAAUUUCUAGUUAUUCCCCAAUAAAAAAUAAAGUCCAAAGUUCCUAAAAUUGGCUCCAAAUUUCCAAUAUUUUCCUAACAAAGUGAAGUGUUUAAUCCAAAAGUGUAAACUAGAAGAGCCAAGAAAUAACUGAUAAGCCCAUAUUUAUAGAGAAGCACCAAAAAUGCUGCAAUCUGAUUGGUCAAUGACAUUUUCCCAAAUAUGUAAAACUUUUCUCACCAAAUGCAAGAAACAGAAUAAAUGUCAUCAAAAACCAAUUACAUAAACACAAACUAGAAGAAAAACUGCACCUUAUCAGUGUAUUUCAAAUUACAAAUAAUGAUUUAAAAGCACUUAAAUCAAGUGUCAAAGAAAUGACACACAAAUUCUCCCUAAGAUAUCCAAUAUGGCUGCCAAAAUCAGUCUUCACAUCUAAGGGCCAUUUUUAAAGGAUUGCAACAGAACAGGGCUUCUAAAAAAUCUACAAAAUUUCACAUAACUAAAAAUUAAUAUCAUUGACAUGACAGUAAAGUUUCAGACCUGAACAAUAUCUCUAAAUAUUUUUAAUAAAUAUUUUCAUUGGUCAGCUCUAGUCACAUAAGAAAUGGACUAGCAAAAAUGUAAACAAAGGAGAUUUUUCAAGAUUACUUUAAAGCUACAUAAUGUCAUGUCCUCAAACUUUACAUAAAUAUUAAGACAUAUAUUUACAAUAUAUUGAAAGUGGAUAUACCAUGGCAAAAUAUAAAAUAUGUAUUUAGGAGCAUUUAAUGGUUUCUGCUGAUAAACUUUCUCGAAGUCGGGAGUUUUUUAGGUAUAUUUUUGGGAAUAACUCGACCAAUAUUUACUCAAUAAGGGUCAAACUUUCAGCAAAGCUCUGUCAUAAUGUAUUCUUUAAUGUACGGUAAAAGAACAUGGUAACUAAAACUAUUUAUUUAGAUAUUUACAAAAAGCAAAAUAUUUCUGAGCCAAAACCCAGGUUUACCACAUUUGUAUUCAUCUAAGAAAUGAAACCUUCUUAAAACAUUCAACAGACAAAAUUUUAAAUUUGAUGUUUGUUAUUAAAAUGCUUGCAACAACAGAAGUAAGAGGACAUCACAGUUCCUGCAGGAAAUAAAUGUGUUGAAUGUUCUGUUAAUGUCUAUGCUGGUAAUAACAGCAGUAAUCUUAAAUACGUAUCUGUGUGCUGUUAUAUAGGCAAAGAAGGAAAAUCUUAAUUAGUAAUGACCAAAUCUGGGACGAGUUGACUUGGGUACGAGUUUACUUGAUACCACUUAGAUUGAGCAUAUAGUGAGAAUCACUUAGCUUUUCAAUUUGUUUAAUUUAAGAGGCAAAUAAAUUAUAUUUUCUAAAAAUUACAACUUAUUACCAUAUA